ACUCACACUUUAUAUUCACCUAUUUGAUCUGCCAUUCGUUUCUUCUUCUUCCUCCUCCUCUUCUAUCUUCUAGGAAAUACAGGAGCGACAACCGGCGGAGAACCCGACGGUACAGAAUCACCGGGUUCUGGAAGAUUAAUGCGUGGGUGACUGACAUUUGAGAUUGAUGAUACAUGGCGACUUGUAUUCAUGCAAGUCCCUGCAGACCUUGUCAUCUUGUUCCAAAUACAUCUCAAUCACGCGAGCAACUUCGUACAUUAUAUGUCUUACCAAAUCAUGUUAAGUCUUUGAAACUUGCUUCUAAUGCUCUAAUUUUCCACCAUAAUGGACUUGUAUCCAGACACCAACAACGUGAAACUGUAAUGAAAUACCAGCAACGCUCACCUGUUUGCUUGCUUGGUGGCAAAGACAAGUCUGAAAAAGACAAUGGGGGUUCUGGAUGGAAUCCUUUUGAGAAACUCACGGAAAGUUUCAAGGGACAGUCAAUAGAAGAUGUGUUACGACAGCAGCUUGAAAAGGGAGAAUUUUAUGAUGGAGGCAGUGGGAAAAAUCCACCUCGUGGUGGCGGUGGAAGCGGUGGCAGUGGGGAUGGGUAUGGAGAAUCUGAGGAUGAGGGUAUUGCAGGAAUCAUUGAUGAGACUCUGCAAGUGGUUUUAGCUACCAUUGGCUUUAUCUUUCUGUAUGUUUACAUCAUCAGUGGUGAGGAGUUGACUCGUCUAGCAAAAGACUAUAUCAAGUAUCUUUUAAGAGGAAGUAAGAGUGUGCGUUUAAAAAGAGCCAUGUAUAAGUGGAAAAGGUUCUACCAGAAACUGACAGAAAAGAAGGAGAUUGACAAGAUGUGGCUUGAAAGGGCAAUUAUCAAUACCCCAACUAUCUAUGACAGCCCCGCAAAAUACAGACAAAUUUACAAGUCUAUAUUAGCAUCAAACGCAGACGAGUAAUCUCAAAUGCAGUUAUCUCAGCGAGAUGAUGUGUGCUACAGGAUUUUAGAUUCUUGGUUUGUGGCAGAUCAUUUUUGUAUAGUAUUCAAAGUAGAAACUUGGUUGGUUAACAUUCUUGGUUAUCAACUUUUCAGGAUUUUAUUUGAUAAAAUAAACCAUUACGGUGGCGGUUUGAUUCUUUGAAAGUGUAAUCUUUUUCCUCUAUUGAGCAA